AUGGAUAAGACCGUGGACCACCCGACUGCUAAGCAGAAUCCGACUAGCGGUGGAGGAACACGAGGGGGAGGAAAUUCCCGCUCGCAAAGGAGGAGUGAAGAGAAAAAGCUAAGGAAGCUGGAGAUGGAAAGGCAGAGUGUUGCCCCGGCGAAGAAUGCAAAACAACGCGCACAGCGGCAAAUGGGUAUGCACGGGGCUGUUAUCCGCAGUUCUCAGGGGAUUAUGUCGCCUUCACCAGCCGCCAUCGCCGGACUGGGCGUGAGUGGCCACGAAGGUUUCUUCAACUUCACUCCUCCUGAAAGCCAUCACUACUACUUCAUCUCCCUUCUUCUUCCCGAUCGAUUGACUCUUCAGUGCUUGACAAUGGCUGAUCCUCGCUCUCGAAUCGCCAGUCGACGCAGACCUAUCGCCAUGCCCAGCAUGGCUGACCAGCAAAGGGCAUCUCAGCUCUUUGCGCCCUGGACAACUUGGGAUUCUCUCAAUGUCUUUAUUUCUGGGCUUCCUAAGGAUAUCAACACUUUUACGAUCUGGCGGUCAUUCAAGAGCUACGGGACAAUUGAGUUUGUAGAGAUAUUUGAGAACGCAAAGGGAGCAAGGGAGGGUCGAGGCAAGAUCCGAUUUAGACCUCCACCACGGGAUGUUUUUUGCCCGAACCGGACGCAUAUUCUCGAGUUGGACAACGGCCAGAGCUGUGUUUUAGGAGUGAAUAUUGACCCAAAGCGGCCUUUGAAUCAGAUUCCAAGCCCUUUAUCUCCGCACAUACUAUAUCCGACGACGACGGAGCUGCCGAUAGGGAGACUUGAUUUUGGGACCUUGAUAGAGAAGGAUGUCAUGCUUUCUCUCAGGACUGUCGAUUCGAACCGGAUGGGCCAAAUUCGUUUCGUGGUAGACCUUUCUCGACGUGAGAUAAUAGUCUACUUCCAGUUGUCCCUGUUCGAUCCACGCCCUUUGUCCCGUGCUCCCCUAGUUUACAGCUACCGCUUCCGUAUCCCCUUCGUCCAUCUGUCACGUAUUUUACGGCCCAAGAGUGCAGGCAACCCGUCGCUAGUGAUUGUUUUGGACUCGCCGCCAAUCUACCAUCGGAAACUAAACGAUUUAACGGUUACCUUUUCCGAUACCGGAAGCACAUGGAGAGAAUUUGACUCCUGGUUUCGGCAAACUGAUAUCCCAUAUUCGCAACACGAAGCUGCUCAAGCUUCAUUGAGCUUGCGAAAGACAAACUCAUUGAUAAAUAUCGGACGGUGGACGACGUUUAGGUUAACAUUUGAUAACCUCAAUGCAACUACCGCUCAGAAGCUUGAGACCCUUCAGAAUAUAUGUAGGGACUUCAACGUUGAAGUUCAAGAUGCUCCAGAAUUUCAAGUCAACACGAAUUCCACAGUUUCUGUGGCGUGGAAAUGGAUCGACCCUCCAAACCACGGCUCCAAACGAACUACUUCGUUGCAGGAUUUGGCAGAGGAAGAUUAUAUACCCCUUCCAUAUUCUGUUAGAUACCAGCUGGAAGUUUGUCUGUCCCAUGGCCUUUUGAGCGAAUAUACCAUCGGCAAAGACUUCACAACUACCCUUGCGGCACUCGGUGAGACCAAUGCAAGAGAGUUACUGGAGCACGUAGCGGGCGAAAAGCUCGUGUACUAUGACCCAAUGAAAAUAUUUGACAUUUUAUUUGUCAAACCGGCCACAAGUCGUAGAAUUCCAAAAUACUGCUGCUACAUGAGAACAGCACGCGUGACACCAUCGACUGUGUACUUUAACACGCCUUCUGUCGAUAUAUCGAACCGCGUCAUCAGACAUUACAUUGAAUAUGCUGACCGCUUUCUCCGUGUUCGCUUCACCGACGAGAGGUUCGAAGGAAGAAUUAGCCCUAGCCAUAACAAUACCAUGGACGAGGUCUUUACCCGCAUCAAGCGUGCUAUGAUGAACGGCAUCACACUUGGCGACAGACAUUAUGAGUUCUUAGCAUUUGGUAAUUCCCAAUUCCGUGAACAUGGCGCCUACUUUUUCGCUUCCUUGCCUCAUCUUACGGCCUCGAAUAUCCGUGCAUGGAUGGGGCAUUUCAGCGAUAUCAAAGAGAUCGCUCGGCAUGCUGCCCGGUUAGGCCAGUGCUUUUCAACAACCCGAGCAGUGACUGGUUGUCCCGUGCAAAUUCGCGAGAUAGAAGACAUUGAAAGAAAUGGCCACACUUUCUCAGACGGCGUUGGUCGUAUCUCCAGAUUCCUGGCGCAGAUGAUCAUGACGGAAUUCAAGAUUAAAACCCCAUGCGGCGAACCUCCUUCCGUCUUUCAAUUUCGACUUGGAGGCUGCAAAGGUAUUUUGACUGUUUCCCCCGAAGCCCAACGUCGAGAAGUCCACAUUCGAAAGUCCCAAUACAAGUUUCCAGCCAUACAUAAUGGCCUUGAAGUGAUUCGGCAUUCACAUUUUUCAAUGGCAAGUCUAAACCGCCAACUUAUUGUUGUUUUGUCAGCCCUCGAAGUUCCCGAUGAGAUUUUCAUUGAAAAGCUCCGAGUUAUGCUCGAAAACCUUGAGUUAGCCAUGUCUAGCGAAGCUCAGGCAAUUCACCUGCUUCAUAAAUACGUCGACCCUAACCAAAUGACAUUGGUGCUCGCCGAGAUGGUUCAAGACGGUUUCCAAGCAUCGAAGGAACCUUUUGUCACCUCCUUGCUGGAGUUAUGGAGAGCAUGGCAAAUCAAAUACCUCAAGGAAAAGGCAAAAAUUAUUAUUGAGGAUGGCGCAUGUUUGUUUGGCUGUCUUGAUGAGACAGGGACGUUGAAGGGGUUUUUCAACGACAAAAUCCCUGCGGCGAACGCGUCUUAUGAAGAGAAACUGGAGUCUCUUCCAGAAGUUUUUGUUCAGAUAUCCCGCGCAGACAAUGGUGGAAAGUAUGAGGUGAUCGAGGGCCCAUGUAUCGUUGCCCGAAAUCCUUCGCUGCAUCCGGGUGAUAUCCGUGUUGUUAAGGCAGUCAAUGUCCCUGCCUUACACCAUCUUAAGGAUGUUGUCGUGUUUCCACAAACAGGAGACAAAGAUGUCCCAAGUAUGUGUUCAGGCGGCGACUUGGAUGGUGACGACUAUCUGAUCAUCUGGGAUCAAGACCUUCUCCCAAAGAACUGGUUUAGACAGCCAAUGGAUUAUGUGCCAUCGACAAAGGCCCACUGUCUAUCCCGCGACGUUACCGUUAACGACAUCACGUCUUUUUUUGUAACGUACAUGAAAAAUGACCGCCUUCCCCAAAUUGCGCUGGCUCAUCUCGCAUGGGCGGACUACCUGGAACGAGGUGUAAAUGAUCCAAAAUGUAUGCAGCUCGCGGAGCUGCACUCUGCCGCAGUGGACUAUAAUAAAACGGGAAUACCAGCAAAAAUGACCAAAGACUUGAUCCCCCGAAAAUGGCCGCACUUCAUGGAGAAAAAGCAUAAACCAAAGGAAGCCCAAUACAUUUCCCAAAAGAUCCUUGGUCAGCUUUACGACAGAUUGGAACGCGUCGAUUAUAGGCCUAAGCUUGAAGCUGACUUCGAUGAACGGAUCCUAAGCAGUGGGAUUGAAACCAGCGAUGACCUUUUAGCUAUGGCUACGGAGCUGAAAACGCUAUACGAUGCGGAUAUGCGUAGGAUCAUGGCGCAGCAUGAGAUUAACACGGAGUUUGAAGUAUGGUCGACAUUUGUCCUGAGUCAUGCGAAUAUGAGCAAGGACUAUAAAUUUCAUGAAGAAAUUGGCCAGAUUGCGUCUGCUUUACGGGAACGUUUCCGUGUUCUCUGCUUCGAAAAAGCAGGAGGCAAAGAUUUCGAGCAUCUAGCACCACUUGCUGUUGCCAUGUACAAAGUUACCUGCAACGAAAUGACGCAAGCGCUAGCGGCGAGCAAGGCUAGAUAUUCUGAUGAAACGGGCAUUCAGAGUGUGUCAAUAAAGCAUGAGGAGAAGCUACCAUUCAUCAGCUUUCCGUGGGUGCUACAACCAGUUCUUGGUAAAAUAGUCAAUCAGCACUAUGACCCUGCGUGCCUCGAGGAAGUGGGACUGUGGUCCGGUCAAGCUUCGUUCAAAAAACGUAGAGAUGCCGUCAACGAAAAUCUGGCCGGGGUCCGCGAUGUCGAGACAGCGGGCGGAGUUCAGCAUGCUGGAGAGGUUCUCGAGCUGUUUCAAGAUCCGAAUUACGAUCCUUGGAGUGGCCUCGGCGACGUAUUUGAUAAGCCGGAAGCAUUUAAAGAAGGGUUUGGAGACAACGUUGAGGUUCCUGCCAAAAAUAAAGACCCCAGCUCGGAGACGUCAAGCCAGUUGAUCGAUAUUGAGGAGGUGUUCUCCGCCCAAAGUUCCCCGGUUGACAGCUCGUUUAACUCAAUAUUGAAUUUGAUGGACAUUAUCGAUCAGUCAUCUGAUGGCAAAACAAAGUCGACGCCUGAGCCAUUGACGAAAGCGGACGCCGAUGAAAACGGGCAAGUCCCAGUCGAGAAAAGAUUGGUCGCCAGUCCUGUUUCUACUUGCGGAGAAAGCUUUGCCGAUGAGACUAGAGAUAUUAUUGAGCAAGAAGGUGAUAUCAAGCCAUCGGCACUCGAUCAACUGGAAGCUUUGCUCGGUAUGUAA